AUACCUACCUAACCCAAGGCAACAAUGAGCUGCGAAAAAAUGAUUGCAUCAAAUGCGAAGCCCGUAUGGUCGCGACUGGCCAAGGGUUUCAGGAAAGGAUUAAAAAAGAAGGUUAACGACGAGGCUAAGAAAGAGAGCCCGUCUUCAACGACCGCAGCAGUGGAUGAGACUAUGAAGUGCGAAAUCAAGCAUCUGGACCAACGCUGGAACGAGGAAGACGAACAGUAUUUUGCUGAGAGGAAACAGGAAGUUGAGAAGCCUGAACAGAAGGAUUGGUGGCGUCUGUUUGCCUUUUGUGUUGUCAAGCACUAUUACGACGACGAUGAACUUGAUACAACUCGCUUAUAUGUGAACCCCCAACCACUUCGGCAACUGCUCAGAGACGUUAUUGGUGACUACCCGGAUGACCCCAUAGAUGUUGAUGAUGUGCAAAUCGAGACGCCAUACUAUUCGCUGUUCCACCACCGAAAGCAGUUGGAGUCAGAGGGUCUAGAUCGGUUCAAGAACGACGAGGACUCCAAAGCUCAACUGGAACUGCUUAUGAAUUGGAUCAAAUCUCACUUCGAGAAUGAUAUUUCUGCUUACGAGAAGUGUAUUUCUGGUCUCAGGGCUAUCUCUUACGAAAGUUUAUGGACCCUAUUCCCACCAAACAAGAUCAUACACGCCAAAGUACUCAAUCAACACCGUGCAUUCCGCGUCCACAGCUGCUGGUAUGAGGAGGGCGACAAUCCUCACCUAAACCUCUGGGCUAAUUUCAUCGAUUUCGAUGGUAACGCGCUUGGUACGAGGAGGGCCGAAUUGUCUAUCAAGAAGUAUGCGGGAACGCGGCAGUUAACAGAACUCACCACCAUCCCGCUUGACCUUCAAGACAAUAAUGUCGAGAUUCGUGCCGAGCUAAUCGAGCGUGGCAGGAAAUUUGAGAGUUACAUAGGGCAGCAUUUUGAGCAAUACAACGGUGUUGGGCUCAAGAAGACCGAAAGGGGCUAUGCGAGAUUCAAUGUCAAGGGGCGCAUAAUGAUUGACUGCGAAACAUAUCAUAGGCUCGAAGCCGACGACGCAUUCGACGUCGAAGAAUUCGGGAAGCCUACGGGCUCUAUCAAUUCUAGUCAUAAGACGACUAUAAAUGAAAUCGAUUUUGUGCGCGAGACGAAGACUUUCGAUAAGUUAUCCGACGACGACGCUUCGAUUACUAACGCCACGGUUCGGGGGUACGCGUUUGGAGUCAAACAGUUUCUAGAGUUCUUCGUUGAUAAUGUUUUGCCUAUUGAAUGGAACAUCCACUGCUUUGACAAUCUCGUGCUCGACCCGGCAACGAAAAAAACGGUUCAGGCUGUGGUAUCUACGCAUUCGAGCAAGCGGGGCGGGUUUGAUGAUAUCGUGAAGGGGAAGGGCCAGGGGCUCGUGUGUGUGCUGCAUGGCCCACCUGGAGUUGGCAAGACAUUAACUGCCGAGUGCGUAGCGGAAUACGUCCAGCGGCCCCUAUACAUGGUCUCGUCCGGCGAUUUAGGUGUAAACAGCAGCUAUCUCGAUCACAAUUUAUUACGGAUCAUGGAUCUCGCCUCGACAUGGAAAGCAGUGCUUCUAAUAGACGAAGCUGACGUAUUCCUCGAACAACGAUCACUCCACGACGUGCAGCGGAACGCGAUGGUGAGCGUUUUCUUGCGAGCGCUCGAGUACUAUGGUGGUAUUCUAUUCCUUACUACGAAUAGGGUUAAUACGUUCGAUGAAGGCUUUAAAAGUCGCAUCCACGUUCCGAUCAGGUAUACGGAUCUCAGCUCGACGUCGCGCCUGCAGAUCUGGCGUAACCUGUGUAACCGCGUGCCCGGCGGCGUUGAUCUAAACGAGGAAGAAUUCCAAGACCUUGCUGAGCACGACCUCAACGGCCGCCAGAUCAAAAACGUCAUCAAAGCUGCCGAGAGUCUCGCUGCUUUCGACGGGGUGAAAGUCGAUUAUAAGCAGUUAAAACAAGUGACCAAGAUUCAAGAUACGUUCGAGAAGGACCUGACAAAUAUAGGUGGUGUGGAUUAUACGGCGCCCGGGGAGUCGAGGAAGAAGGGAGAGGGGUUUAACAUGUUUAUGUGAGAUGCGAAUUACGUUUAUUAGGAUAGCGAUGGCCAUGGGUGCAUGAAAUAGGCGCUUGCAAGGCAGUGACGCUUGUGAAUAGGGGUUACAUGUGUAUAUGACAAACGUGAGAUAUCAGCGAUGAAUGCACAUACAAGAGAACGUUAUGUGCAAUGGAAUUCCCCCCUCGGGGGAGUAGUGACGGUUGUUCGUGUAUUUACUGUUGACAUUGAGGUAUUAAGUAGAGACAGUGUAUCACCAAUGGGUUUCAACACCUGCAAGAAUAAGAAAGUCACUGCAAAGUAGCCCCCGGCUCUCAUAUAAACGAAGAAUUCGUUUGAUUACCGCAUGUCAGUGCUAUGUGUUCGAGACUAUGUUAGGUACUUCUCAUGUCCGAGUUGUUUACGACACGGUUUCUACAAGCAAAAUAAUGACCAGCCUAUGAACAUAUACUUGCAGUACAAUUAAUGCGCAAGCCAAACCGAUCAUCUUGGCCUUCUUGACCUUCUCAACGACACGUGUCCCAGCUGCCAUUCCCAUCAUGAGGUUUGUACCGUUCUGUAUGAGUAGCUAGGGCAACUGGAUCGGCAUCGCUGUCCGCCUUGAUGAACAACGUCUCGUACGGAUGGGCGACCCUGCUGUAGAAGUGCUGGUAUAAC